AUGUUAAAGGAUAUCUGAGUUUGUCCAGCGUUCAACGGCUCUUUGUACGCUUUACGCGGUGGUUUUCUUUGUUCCGUCGAAAUGCCGCCAGAGUUGUCAAUACGACGGCUCACGGAUCCUAUUGUUGAAUCGAGCUCAAUAGCGAAAAGAAUCACGACACCAAAUCGAAGAGCAAAUGAUGUUUGAUUUUAAGGCAUUCGACAAUAGUUGCUUCCAUUCGUGAAUAGAGAAGUGACAGUCUUUGCAACGGCCGCAUAAAUAGUAAGAAUUCCUCGUCGAAGACUCUCUGACUUGCUAAAUAUUUCUCUUCUCCCCGCCUGCUCUCUCUCUAGAAGCUUUUAUACAAGCUUUAAACCAACAUGACGGACCAGUCCAAGAAGAGACGCGCAGCGGUUAGUGGUCCCGCAGGAUCAGCCAGGAAGAAAACCCGGCGCACAAAGCCCGAAAACAGCGACUCGGAUGAGCCCAUUGUGGUAACUCAGCCAGAUCCCCAGUCACCCCCAUCUCCAGCUCUUCCGAGAACCACCCGUUCCGCCGCUCCCGCCCCGGUCCCGGUCCCAGCCCCAGCUGCUCGCCGAGCCGCUCCUACUUUUCCCCCUCUGAUCUCCACCGGGUCCGUAAUUGCAACCUACUCGCCCUGUCUCCGGUGCGUCAAGAAAUGGACCGAGGACAACUCGACCAUCUGCCACCGCGACGCUGCCCUCGGAAAGUGUCGUUCCUGCAGCCGAGCUGGCGCGGAGUGCAGCGCGCUUCCGAAUCACUUUUACGGUCCGCUCACCGCGGCGCAGAAACUCACUGGUCGUGCGCGGCGGAGAACAUGUGCUGAGAUUAAGAAUGCUCUGGAGGCUUAUGAGCGCGAGAAUGAGGAGGAAGCACCUACCAAGGAAAACGCUGGGUCUGGAUCGUCAGGAGAAGAGAGAGGCGAGCUGCUAAAGGCGAUCCGGUUGUUGAAUAAGAAUGUGUUCCGGUUGAUGAAUACCAUUCGGGAAGUACGUGGGAUGGAGCUCGUCUCUGACGAGGAGAUCUGAUUUGAAAGAGGAGUUGUGAGGAUGCUGUCCUCUGGCUUUCGAGUUUCGUGCACUAGUGAUGCUGGGGUCCACAUCAUCACAUGUUUGGUUAGAUUUGGUGUCAACCGUGUCAUCAACGGGAGAAUACAGCCAUCGAU